UUUCUGUAUUUACAGGUGUCAGAUUGAUGAGGAUGUUUUCUUUAAUUUUGCUUGUGUUUUCUGGAGUUGCAGUGUUGAGCCCUUGGGGCCACCAUAGCAUCACUCCCCAUGGUGAAGCCAAUGUGGGAGAGGCCUACUGAUGGGAAACCUGACGGUCAAGUCAUUUGCUGCCACCUUGCAGUUAAAAUGUGCCUGGACGUCUAGUUAAUCUUCUCUAUACUCGACCUGAGGCUUCACAGUGUGUCAUUACUGGGUCUCUCUCAGCCAGUCUGGAAAUUUCCUUUCACCUUCAAAAAACCAAACAAAAAUACCCGGAGCAGAUCUUUGGAGAUGAAAAUAUCUGUUGUGUCCAAGAAGCUGUGGAGCGUCCACAAACAGCUGGUUCUCCUCAUCACUCCUCUGGUGUUUCUACCUUUACUGUUUGCUCUACCGGAGAAGGAGGGAAAAUGUCUUUAUGUGGUGGUGCUGAUGGCUAUGUUUUGGUGCACAGAGGCCCUUCCUCUGGCUGUCACUGCGAUGCUUCCAGUCUGCCUCUUCCCAACACUGGGAAUUCUCCCAUCCAAGAAAGUAUGUCCUCAGUAUUUCCUGGAAACCAAUUUUCUCUUCCUGAGCGGUCUCGUCAUGGCCUCGUCCAUCGAGGAAUGGGGGCUGCAUCGCAGAAUAGCCCUGAAGGUCCUUACCAUUGUCGGAGUGAAACCAGCAUGGCUCAUAAUGGGAAUGAUGAUGACCUCGUCCUUCCUGUCCAUGUGGCUCAGCAACACCGCCACAACGGCCAUGAUGCUCCCGAUUGCUAACGCCAUCCUGGAGAGUCUGUUCGGAGAUCUGGAGACCCUAAAAAAGAAGUGCAAGUCAGCAGAUGAUCCUGAGGGUGAUAUAAUAAACGGUCAGUCUACUGUAAAGCUGCAUUCACUGCCCUCAGUGCCCUCGGAAAAACAAAUACUGUCAAUAGACGAGACGGAUGGGAUGGAGCAGAGCGAUCCAAGGACACCUGAGGAGAUCCAACUGGAGUCGCAGUAUCAGAUGAAGGUGUGGAAAGGAUUCUUGAUCUGUAUUCCUUAUGCAGCCAGUAUCGGAGGGACCGCCACGCUGACAGGCACGGCGCCCAACCUCAUCCUGAUUGGACAGCUGAAGAGCUACUUUCCAGACUGUGACCUGAUCAACUUUGGCUCUUGGUUUGCGUUCGCUUUCCCGCUGAUGUGCCUCUUCCUGUUUUUGGGAUGGAUUUGGAUUGCGUUUCUCUACGGAGGAUUGAACACACGAUUGUGCUUCAAGAGAAACGAUCAAAGAGCCCAGGCGGAGGCCAGAGCGAAGGCUCUAAUCGAGGAGGAUUACAGGAAACUAGGGCCCAUAAACUUCGCGGAGGGAUCGAUCUCUUUCUUUUUUAUACUGUUUGCCGUUCUCCUGUUCACGCGAGAUCCCAAAUUUGUCACCGGCUGGUCUGCAUUUUUCAAAAAAGGGUACGUCUCAGACGCAGUCACUGGUGUGAUCAUUGUGUCUAUAUUGUUCUUCUUCCCCUCGCAGAAACCUUCUCUGAGCUGGUGGUUUGACCCUAAAGCUUCAAACACUCCUUACGUCCCUCUCCUAUCAUGGAAGAAAGCUCAGGACUCUGUUCCCUGGAAUAUUAUUCUGCUUCUCGGAGGCGGCUUUGCUAUGGCUAAAGCUUGUGAGGAGUCUGGACUCGCCUCCUGGAUCGGAGGCCACCUCCAGCCUUUGGCCGAGGUCCCUCCUGCUGCAGCUGUGAUGUUGAUCACUGCUUUCCUGGCCUGUUUCACUGAGUUCGCCAGCAACACUGCCACAAUUAUCAUAUUUUUACCUGUCAUUGCUGAACUGGCUAUUCACAUCUCUGUGAACCCUCUGUACUUCAUGAUACCUGCAACAGUCGGAUGUUCGUUUGCCUUCAUGCUUCCAGUGUCCACACCGCCCAACUCCAUCGCCUUUGCUUCCGGACAUCUCAUGGUCAAAGACAUGGUGAAAACAGGCUUCGUCAUGAACAUCCUGGGCAUCCUCUCGGUCUCUCUGGCCAUGAACACGUGGGGCAUGGCCAUGUUUGACUUGAGCACGUAUCCAGAAUGGGCUCAUCCCAUCAACAAGUCUGCUGUUGUUACUGAUGUGCAUCUGUCAGCUGUCCACUCACUCAAUGCUACUCUCUGAUCGCUCACUUGAUCUCGCCGUGAGUGUAGAGGAAGUACCAGAAGAUUGUACAAAGAUUUAAAACACUAAACAGGGACAAAAGUUUGUCUGUAGACGUCUACUGUGUGUCACUGAGAAUGCUCUGGGAGCUUCACCUGUUACGUGUUAUGAUGAAUUUAAUACGUUUAUUAUCCUUGAGUAUCUUGAAGGCUCUGAAGCGUCAAGAUUUCAUGCUGUGAACUGUUAGUUUUAAACGCCAUUAUUCUACCCUCUCGACUUUAAACUGGAUGUGACCUCACCGACAACAGCCAGAGAGCUACAGAGUUUUUGUUGUAUUGAUGCUACUAGGCUGACCUCUGCUGGAAGAAUGAGAGAGACCUCUGUGAAUAAUAUAUAUAUAUAUAUAUUUGGUUAUAAAUCAUUAAGAGAUCAUGUUACUUGUUUAUAUAACAGAUGUUUAGCUGUGAAAGUGAGAGCACAAAAACAAUAUUUUAAAUCUUUUCCACAUCAGAGUGUGAAUCCUCACGAAUGAAUGUGUAUAUUUUGUUACAAUGUGAUUUGAAUCCAAAUGA